GGGUUGGCUGAGGCGAUCGUUGACGUUCGCUCGGCUUCUCCAAUCCAGUGAAGGAGGGCUAGAAUUUGAUUGAAAGUUACCUUGUUCCGAGGGCUUGUGCUCGUCUCACUUUCUUCCCCGCCACCCUGCAAAGUGCUGCUAAAAAAAGGACUGGCGAGUUCUGGCAGCUGCUUACUAAAUUAUUACAGAAUUUGAAUGAAUACAUUGUAUUUUAAAUGUCUCUGCUACUGAGCCUCUUAAGGCAACUGCUGGAAUAUUAUGGGGUGCCUCCUGAAUUGGUCUUACAAAGAUGUGAAGUUUGUCUUUAUGGUAUUGCUCAAAUGUUUGGAUCUCAUCGUCCUUUAAAUACUUUUCCUGCAGUACACGUUCAACAGUUAUGUGCCAUCUCAAGAAGCUAUUUGAUGUCCUGGUCUUGGGAAACAAAGAAAUAUGGAUCUACCCGGAGUUUUGUUCGCAGAUUGGGAAAAAUUCUUUCCUUAGCCCCUUAUUCAAGGGCUCACUUUCAGUUGGUCCGAUGUCUGAAUUCCUUGGACUCUGAGCAGCAUAACAUUGUUAGUUCUGUUACACCCUCUCUUGCUGAUGUCUUGUGGAUUGCAAAUGAUGACAGCGAACCAUCUGCUAGGUUUAGAUUUGAUGGACAGGCAGAGUCUGUGUUUCUGUCUUCAUUUCCUUUGUCAGCAUCUUCAAAAGGAAAAUCACCCAAAGCAACUGAUGUGGAUAGGGAUGCAAUCAAAAAAAUUUCUGCACUUGAGGAAGAGUUAAGUCAUCUUCGUGCACAGAUUGCUGCAAUUGUCUCAGUGCAUGGGGCAAGAAGUUUUCAGUCAGUAGGUUCAGGUGCUAUGAAUUCAUCAAAUACUCCCUGGAGUACUCUUCCACAAUCAGCAAUGACUUCUACACCAGUUCCCAUCUCUUCUUGUAACACAGUCAUUCCACCACCACCACCACUUCCAGAUGUGCUAUCAUCUGAAUUUGAUCCCCAUAUUUCAACAACUGAACUUACAAAACCACAUCAAGCAGCAGCAAGUAAGAACAAAGAUAUUACAAACAGGGCUGGAUGUCAGGAGGCUAAGGCUGUUCCCAGUAUGACAGAUGUUCUGAAGAAUAUGAAUAAGGUCAAAUUAAGAGCUGUUGAGAGGUCACCAGGAGGUACACCUCUACCUAAAACAAAGAAAGUAAUUAGAUUACAGUGGGAUCCAGCAGCUUUAAUAGCUGAAGCUCUUAAAGAGAAAUUUGCAGCCCACAACAAUGAUGAUGAUUCAUUUGAUAAAGAGAAUAGAUCGUCUGAUGCUUCUCCAUUUUCCAGUCCAGAAACCCCGAUAAGUGGCCGUCAUGUUUUGAAGCCAAAUAUCAAACAAACAUGGAUUAGAGCCAAGGAAUUCAGACGGGUAUAGGCUACAAAAACAAGAACUCCUGCAUAGCCUUGUGGUAGCAUUCUUGGAACAGCGUAGCACAGUUGUAUCUGGCAAGGCUGCUUUGUCUCUGCUUCAUAGCUUUUAGUUUGUAUGGCACAUGGCAAUAACUUCUCAACACUUAAUUUAUAUGAUGUAUUUCAGCAGCCAGCUUUGUUAACAAGAAAUUUGUUUCAUGUAAUAUUUUGUAAGCUGGAGUACUUACUGAUUUAUAUAAACUUUUUAGACUGGCAUGCAACAUUUCUGUCAAAUAGGGGAAUAUGUCUUGAGAAAAUGGAAACAAAAUAUGGAUGUAGAUCCACUGGAAUGUAUAAUUAUCCAGUUAAUAUGUUAAUUAUAUUAAGUAAGAAACAGUUUGUCAAUGCCUGUUUUAUCUCACUUCAUCAAAAUAAUGGUCUCCAAAAUUGGUGUUGGUGUUAUUUAUUUGGCUUUCAGCAAAGGAGGUUAAUUCUGUAUUAACUGAAAAUAUUCUUGCUUCCAUAUGCAUAUUUGAAGUUCAUGAUAUUAAUAUUACUGUUAACUGUUUUGUACACCGGUACAUUCAGGCUAUAAAUAAAUCCUUUGUGUAUAGAUUACAUGCUAAA